GUAUUUCGUUUUAAAUUCACAUGUAUCAUUUCAAAUAACUUGGCGCACCGCGCAACGCAAGCGCAUUGAGACGAUGGUUAAUCAAUGACGUUUGUUGAAAAUCAAGUCGAUUCCUAAUUCUUAGGAACUCGUAUAAUUGAUAAAUAAAUAGAAAGCAGUUUUUAAAUUAUAGUGUAAAUUAUUUGCUUUCGAAAAAUGAAGGAGCAGACUAAAACUAAGAACUGAUGGAAGAACGUGGUCAAUGAAUAUCCAAACUAAGAUCAUUGAGGCAGCCAUUUUGGAUUAGUAUAUGACGCAUUGUUUAUCAAGGAAUUUACUGUAUCUCCCAUUAUUCUGCAAUUCCAAGUCAAAAUAAUUGCAGAAUAUUGUUUUUCGUUUGGAUAAUUCCCUUUUUUAUAAGUAAAAACACUAUCGAAGCCUUUCCUGAAAAGUGUAUGUAGAAAUCGCUUGCUAGUUGUACGUGAAGUCGGCCAUCAUCACAAGAUGCGCCUAGCUUGGCAAGCGGGUUUGUGGUAGGUGCAGUGUGUGUUGUGUUGAUCCCAAUUUUUUUACUCUACUGGUGUGGAUUAAUCAUCAAAAUAUCAAAAUUGAGGAUACAAUACAAUGCGUUUUUUACUCUGAAAUGGAUUCCCAAAUAAUGGGUUUUCAUUUUGAAGGCUGCUGUUUUCGGUCCAGCUGAUUAUUAGGCCUGGGUCACAUGAGAUUUUUUCUCUACUGGCUUAAGGGUGACGAUGCAGCAAGGUGAAGCCUCUGUCCAAAAUAAAACGUCUGUGGACAGUAACCAACAAACAUCAAGAGCUGAACAAACAACAAUGGAGCCUAUAAACGGAGUCGUACAACCCCCCGUUCAUCCACCCCCAGACAAACCUGGACCUGUGACGAAUCAGCUGCAAUUUUUGCAAAAGACAGUGUUCAAGGCAGUAUGGAAGCAUCGGUUCUCGUGGCCCUUCCAGCAUCCUGUCGAUGCAAAAAAGCUCGGACUACCAGACUACCACAAAAUCAUAAAGAACCCCAUGGACUUGACCACGAUAAAGAAAAGACUGGAAAACAACUAUUAUUAUUCGGGGAAAGAGUGCAUACAGGAUUUCAACACAAUGUUCACGAAUUGCUAUGUAUAUAACAAACCAGGAGAAGAUGUUGUUUUAAUGGCGCAGUCGCUCGAGAAGGUUUUUCUGACCGAAGUUGCCAAUAUGCCUAAAGAGGAGAUAGUGAUAACGCCCACGGUCAAGGGACCAAAGGGAAAGAAAAACUCUGUUGGUGCUACUGGACAAGGUCGAGGUAGACCUCCUACUGCUGUUUCUUCAACUGUCCAGACACCCGUUGGGACAACUACUGGCUCAUCCGGACUACCUUUAAAUCAGAAUUCUUCUGUUCCUGGAAGCACGGCAACUCCCACGAUAACGUCGGUCAACCCUAGCUCUCUACAAUCUCAAACUCCAUCAGCCGCAGGACAUCAUGCUGCUUUGCCGGUAACGAACCUAGAAGGCAACAAUUCUGUAUUGCCCACCGUAGUUCCUCCCUCACAACCUGCGAAGGUGAAAAAGGGGGUGAAAAGAAAGGCCGACACGACAACGCCCUCGGCGACAGCCUACGACUACAAUCCUGCCCUAGAGUCCACGCCAGCCAAAGUUGCCACUAGAAGGGAAUCCGGAAGACAGAUCAAGAAGCCGAGCAGACCGGAACUGGACGGUCUGGUGCCUUACCAUCAGUCCGCCAUCGCCCCGAUCAUCGGCAACGCCCAGGCGCUGCCCCAGCACGCCUCGCACAAGUCGCGCGGCAAGCUGUCGGAAUCGAUGAAGGCCUGCAGCGAGAUACUUAAGGAAUUGUUCUCAAAGAAGCACUCGAGCUACGCGUGGCCUUUUUACAAACCGGUCGACGCCCAACUGCUCGGCCUGCACGAUUAUCACGACAUCAUCAAGAAACCGAUGGAUCUCGGCACCGUCAAGCAGAAAAUGGACAACAGGGAAUACAGGUCUGCUCAGGAAUUCGCCAGCGAUAUUAGACUGAUUUUUACGAAUUGCUAUAAGUACAACCCUGAAGACCACGACGUAGUCGCCAUGGCUAAGGUCCUACAGGAGAUAUUCGAGACUAGGUUCGCCAAGAUUCCCGACGAACCUAUCGGCAGGAUGAUGACCAAGUCCGAAUCGAGCUCUUCUGGAUCAGGCUCGGACUCUUCCAGUGACACCGAUGAUUCUGAGGAAGACAGGAGGAAAAAGCUGAAAUUGUUAGAGAAACAGGUGCUCGCGAUCCAGGAGAAGAUCAAGAGUCUGGAGGAGGAGAGCCUGAAGAAGAAGAAGGAGAAGAAGAAGGCGAAGGAGAAGCCUAAGAAGGUUCUGCCGAACAGCAGCAGCGGCAUGGGCAAGCCAUCGUCCCACGCCCUCAAGUCCAAUUCGGUCAUGUCGGACAGCGUGGACGACAGCAUAGCUAGCGUCGUUUCCGGGGCGGAUCUCAAGAUGGCGGGCGAUGCCCAUCAUUCGGCCGGCAGCAAGUCGAUCAACAUGCAUCACAACGCGGCGCCUGCGGCCAACGCCAAGCCGCCCAAGAGCAAAGGAUUGCGAGGAGCCAAGCCUGCUGCAGCGUCCAACGCGACAAACAAGAGAACCAAGGCUAACAACAAGACCGGCGCCGGAAGGAAGAAGAACGCGGUUCCAGCGGCGGCCUUGCCCUUCGAUUCGGAAGACGAAGACAACGCCAAGCCGAUGUCCUACGACGAGAAACGUCAACUGUCGUUGGACAUCAACAAAUUGCCAGGGGAUAAGUUAGGUAGAGUCGUACACAUCAUCCAGUCAAGGGAGCCCUCGCUCAGGGAUUCGAACCCGGACGAGAUCGAGAUCGAUUUCGAGACGUUGAAACCGUCUACGCUCAGGGAGUUGGAGAGUUACGUUGCCUCGUGUCUGCGUAAAAAGCCACGUAAGCCCUACUAUAAAAAGAUGCCGGGUAAGUCGAAAGACGAGCAGAUCGCCGAGAAGAAACAGGAAUUGGAGAAAAGACUGCUAGACGUUAAUGAUAAGAUUGGAAACUCCAAGAAGGGAGGCAAAAAAGAAGAUGCUGGAAAGAUAGAUUCCGGUGCCGGCGGUCCGUCCGGCAGACUAUCGUCGAGCUCAAGCAGCUCGGACUCCGACAGCAGCAGUUCCAGCCUGACGAGCAGCUCCAGCGAUUCCAGCGACAGCGAAGCAGGUACCCCAGGUCGGCCGGCCAAAAAGAAAGCUAAGAAAUCCCCUAAUCCGUCAGCAGGGAAUAACGUGACGAACCCCCUGAACAUAGUGAAACCACCGGCUCAGACAGUUCCGCAAACGACGGAAAGCGCUAACGCGCCCCCUACCGGCGCGCCCGGCCAGACCAACGGCAAACCCGGCCUUGAACAGGGCGGCAACAACAUGCGCGGCCAACCUCAGGGCGGUCAGAUCGACAAACCGCCCGUGACGACCGUCACCAACGUGCCGGUACAGAACACGAUGUUGACGGCGGCCCCGCAGGGCCCCAAGACCGUACCGAUGCCUACCCCGUCUCCCGACAAGCCCAAGAUGGCGCUGGACCCCAUGCCGACCACCUACACCGACCCGCUGGAGCAGUCGCUGGCCAGUCUCGAACACGACAUCAUCGGCGGCAACCAACCGGCCGCCAGCAUGGCGUCGGGCAUCGCCCAGAUGCCUCCCGCCCUCGGCAACCCCAUGAUGAAACCAAAUAUCCCGCAAGUUCCUAACCCUCCUGUGUUGCAGCAGCAACUGGAGCCCAAGCCGCACCCCAUGUACCCCAUAUCCCAGCACCACGACGCCCUGCCGCCCGAGCUACCGCCCUAUCCCGUCGCGCAACAGGGCAUGAUCCACGCCAGCAACAACGGUUACGGCAUCAAGCACGACUACAUGCAGACGAACAACAACGGGCUGGGUUCGAUGGGUAUGCCGAUGUCGAUGUCCAUGUUCGAUCCCCUACCUCAGCAGAACAACAUUCCGAUCAAGAAGGAGCAGCAACAGCAGGACGCGACCAACGAUUACCCCGUGGGCAUGUCCAAUCAGCCGGAGAAGAAGCCCAUGGAACUGAAGGCCCCGAUUUACGGACAGCAGCAGACGUUCAAGGCCAAACAGGACCAGAACAUCAAGAACGCCAGCUCGUGGUGCAGCCUGGGCAAGGUGAACUCGCCCCAGAACGCGGCCGGUAACAGCAAGCAGCAGUCGGCCGUCAUCGACAGCUUCAAGGCCUUCCAGAACAAGGCCAAGGAGAAACAGCAACGGCUCGAGAAUUUGGAACUGAAGAAACAGCAGAAGGAGCAGGCGGAAAAGGAGAGACUCAGGGCGGAGAUGGAAAGGAGGAAAGAGAGGGAGGAGGAAGACGCCCUGGAGAAAGCGAGUUCGAAAGCUUUCAGUUUUCCCUUUUUUCCCAAUUCUAGAAAAGCCGUAGCUGAACAGCCGAUCCCCGUCCCAAGAAUCGAGGAGUUGAGGUCGGGCUCCUCACCCGCCGAUGGUAACUUAUCGCCUGGUACGCAGGCCACAGUCUCAGGAAAUUUAGAUAGAGAAAGACAGAGGUUAUUGGAGCAAGAGAGGAGAAGGAGAGAGGUGAUGGCAAAUAAAAUAGACAUGAACAUGCAAAGUGAUUUAAUGGCUGCUUUCGAAGGCUCUUUAUAAUGAGAACUCUGUGAAGUGAGGAGAUAAAAAGAUUGUAUAAAGAACUUGUAUUAAAUGUGUUUAUAUGCGGUUCUACCAGAAUAGAAAAAAAAUUCAUCGCUCAAAAAAAAAGUUGACGCUUCCAGCAUGUGACCUAUUAUCGAGAAGUUGGAAUAACCCUGACUAGUAAAUGUAAUGUAGCUCAUGUUUUUUAUAAAACUGUAGUUUCAUUACUUUAAGUUUAUGUAUAUACCUAUUGUAGAUUAUCAUCAUGUGUACAUAGAUUUCAUUUGUAAUAAUAUAAAAGAGUUUCUUUCGAAACUAUAUCAAAUUAGACGAUUUUCAACGAUUUUUUUACAUAACAAUGUAACUGAAUUACAUUGAGUCUUGCUUUUUCUUCAAAUCGUUUUCAAUGAAGUCAGCAGAGGAAUUAUUUCUAUUUUCCUGUAAUUACAAACCCGAAAUAAAUCUAAAUCAGCUUUCAUGACGAUUCUUUCCGUUUAUAGAUGAAUAUUCAAUAUUAUUUUCUUUUGAUCGAACUCAAAUUAUUUAUCGAAAUAAUUGAAAUUUCUUUUUGUAUUAAUUGUAUGAUUUUUUGCUACGAUUAAAGUAGCGAAGAGAAUUAUUUUAGACUUCAUUCGAUUUUGUGGAUACUUUCGAGACAAUUUUGCGCUCCAUUAUCCCUCUAAACUGCAUUUAAUUCGGAUUCUGUGAGUAUCGAAUAAAAAUUUGAUUCUUCCAAUUCCAUAUUUUUAUUCCUGUCAUGAAACAACUUUUGAAUAUUCUUCAUUUACUUUUUCCCGAUGGUACAAGUACAAUCUUCUAGUAUUUUGAAAACUCUUUUCAUCAUUAAUUCCUUUGCCCCUUAAAUGAAUUACCAAUUUUAGUGAUAUUUGAAUUAAUGUAUAUAUAAAUAGUUUUUGGGUAUUGAAUAAAGAAGAUCAAAUUAUUUCUACUUAGUAAUAAUUUUAUACUGUCCACUUUUUACGAAAUACCCAAUAUCUCUAACGUGCUCUGAUAGUACUCAAUUUUUUUAACAGAGAAUCAAUCUUCCACCGAGUCGAUUGGUUCAUGGUAAUUUUCAGUUGAAAUCUGUUUAAAUAGUAUGUUGAUUAUUGUAAAUUAUAAUGUAUAGAUAUUUAUAAAAACAAAAAAUAUAUGAAUUGUACAAAAAAGUUGUGUCUACUUCAUGCAAUGGAAUAAUUUUUAUAUUGAAGUAAUAAUUGUAUAAACUUAUUAAGUUUAAUUGUUUUCACCAAAAUAAAUUGUAUAUUGAUUAAUAUUUUUGAGUUUCUCUGUGGUCUAGUAUCGAUUUUCGAUUGGGCUAAAAUUAAUCAAUAAAUAAAAAGAAGAAAGAGCUGUUCAAGGGCCUGAUGAAACAAAAUUUUUGAACGAGGGGGAAAUGUUUCGAGUUUUGUGACUAAAUUUCAAUAUCGAAAAAUUUGGGUGAGGUUAACGAUAAAAGAAGCCUCAGCUAUAACAGUUUUCAAAUGAGAUUUUAUUAAUUUUUUGUGUAUCUUGGUUAAUCAAAUGUUGAACAGCUCUUGUUUUAAUUUAAAAAAAUUUUAGUAUCGGAAAGGGGAAGACUUCAGAGUCACAAAUUUUUUGGUAAAACUUCAAGAUAUAAAGUAACAUUCUAUCACUUAGGUGCUGAAUUCAGGCAUUCAUUCAAAAAAAAUUCAAUUUUACAUUCAAUUCAUCAAAAAGACAAGCCUUCCUCUUUCUAGUAACUAAAUUGAUCGAUAUCAUAAACAUUGUGAAAAAAUUUGUAGUGGGAAAUUUAAAAAAACAACAAAUCAUUAUUUUAAGCAAUAUUCUUAUGAAAAAUGGAUUAAAUAUCUCGAUCGAUACAUGUUUUAAUAAAUUUUAAGUCUGCGUGAACUGGUGCGUAAGCUUAAAAUUCCUAUGUAGAAAUUUUUUAUGAAGGGAUUCAGGUGUGUAAGGUUUUAGGAUUAAUGCCAAACUCACUUUUUUUCUUUGAAAAAUUUUUUCAUUUGAGAAGACCUCAUUUUUCAAACCAUGUUUGUUUCUUAACUAUAUUGUACACUAUUACAUGUAUGAUUUAUAUUUUUGAGCAACUCAUGGAAUGAUAGUAAUGUUAGUAAAUAAACUAUUUUAAAAUGA